GAGCUGCUGGUCCCGGCUCGACAGUGCUGGGAAUUGAAUCCAGGACCUCGCACAUGCUAGGUCUUCUCUGUCGGUUGAAAUGUCUGUGAUUUUAUCUGCCUCUGUCAUUCGUGUCAGAGAUGGACUGCCACUUUCUGCUUCUACUGAUUAUGAACAAAGCACAGGAAUGCAGGAGUGCAGAAAGUAUUUUAAAAUGCUUUCAAGGAAACUUGCUCAACUUCCUGAUAGAUGUACACUGAAAACUGGACAUUAUAACAUUAAUUUUAUUAGCUCUCUGGGAGUGAGCUACAUGAUGUUGUGCACUGAAAAUUACCCAAAUGUUCUCGCCUUCUCUUUCCUGGAUGAGCUUCAGAAGGAGUUCAUUACUACUUAUAACAUGAUGAAGACAAAUACUGCUGUCAGACCAUACUGUUUCAUUGAAUUUGAUAACUUCAUUCAGAGGACCAAGCAGCGAUAUAAUAAUCCCAGGUCUCUUUCAACAAAGAUAAAUCUGUCUGACAUGCAGAUGGAAAUCAAGCUGAGGCCCCCUUAUCAAAUUCCUAUGUGUGAACUGGGGUCAGCCAAUGGAGUCACAUCUGCAUUUUCUGUUGACUAUAAAGGUGCUGGUAAGAUUUCUUCUGCUCACCAGCGAUUGGAACCAGCAACUCUGUCAGGGAUUGUGGCAUUUAUACUUAGUCUUUUAUGUGGAGCUCUGAAUUUAAUUCGUGGCUUUCAUGCUAUAGAAAGUCUCCUACAGAGUGAUGGUGAGGAUUUUAAUUACAUCAUUGCAUUUUUUCUUGGAACAGCAGCUUGCCUUUACCAGUGUUAUUUACUUGUCUACUACACCGGCUGGCGGAAUGUCAAGUCUUUUUUGACUCUUGGUUUAAUCUGUCUAUGCAAUAUGUAUCUCUAUGAACUGCGCAACCUCUGGCAGCUUUUCUUCCAUGUGACCGUGGGAGCCUUUGUGACACUGCAGAUCUGGCUGAGGCAAGCCCAGGGCAAGGCUCCUGAUUAUGAUGUCUGACACCACCUAUCAGAAGUAUUGCUUUGGCUUCAGGGAGAAAGGAGAGGACAUUUCUUAACUGCCACUGUGAUGAAGAAAUUAGUCACCACAAAUGGGAAGCUUUGCUUUCUUUCUCUCCUACUUUUUUUUUUUUUUUUUUUUUAAAUCAGCAUGGCAUGCCAGUGAGCAUGCAAGACCUGCCAGGAAAACUCUCAGAAGAUUGGGAGUGAUGUUACCAUGAGGAGGAGACUUGUCUCCUCAGGGCCGUGGAAAAAGCAGUCAGAUGCCACUGGAAGACCUGGGCUGUAGUCCUGAUCCUCGCCAGAGAGUUCCGUCAAAACAUAGGCAUGGGACUUGCUCUGAGGACCAAACAGAAACUCCACAACCUAAGCUUGCCUUUGUGAGGCACAAGUAUAGACCAAACAAAAAGAUGCUGCAUAAAUGGGAAUAUGUAUGUUUUAAAACAAAUGACUGUGCUCAAUACCAGAUUAUUUGCACAUUUAUAGUACCAAGAGUUUAUGAAGUCCAGGAUGGUGUGGAAUUGGUUCUUUUCUAUUUUUGCCUGAGUCCUAACUCUGAAAAUCACCUGAUGUAGGAGAAGGCUGUGGUGAGCUCAUCUCUGGAACAUUACAAGUAUUGAAAAUACAGUGACGUAUGUUUCCUUUCUAGACCAUGUUUGUCAUUUCUUUUGAAAUCAUUUCUUAAAAAUAUGAUUCAUUAGAUUAGUACAUAUUUAUCUCUUAAAUUUUAAAAUAGUUUAAAAAUCAAUGAAUCAUACCCCACAUGGAAAACCAGUAUCAGUUUGCCGUGUAUAGAAGGUAAAAAAGAUAAAUAAAAUUAACACAAAAAGUUAUUCAGUUCUAGGUAGAACUAAUGCCUGCCAAGUUUCUGAAUCUUAAAGGCCUUUUUUUUUUUUGUGGCAGAGAGAGAGAGAGAGAAAGAUUACCCAGCAGCAGAAUGAGGUUGUCUUUGUGGAAUAAUCAGAGGAUAAAAGAAAAUUGUAAAGGGAAGACAUGCUCACUAUGAUUAAGCAUUAUUUAAUUCUGCUUUGUGCGCCACCAGUGGUACGGUCCUGCACUAUGGAAAUAUUGGACAGUACUAAUCAGAAUCAGAAUCAGCAUCAGUACUUUCCUAGCAACAUAUCUUGCUAUUUUAUUGUUUUGGGGUGAGGGGUGAACAGCUAGUAUCUGGGAGAAUUUAAGUUACUUUCUGAUAUCAUUAGAAAGAUUUUUCAAGCCAUUGUGAAUUAAUAUAGGAAGCCCAGAUUGAUUCCUUUAGCAAAAUCUACAACUGUUUUAUUAGUCAACUCCAUGAGUGAUUAAUUUUCCUUUGUUUUUAAAGAAAAGUUCUCAAACAAGGAAUUCAUAGGAUACUGAAAUUUCAUAUCAUUCCCCAAAGCAGUGGACCCCAGUACAUGUAAUUCGUGUUACUGAGCAUAUUUAUUAGGUAGAAGAAAUAGUCCAGAGGGUAAAGUCAUUGGAUGCUUUGUUUGCCUGAACCAGUGUAUGUGGAUUUGACUAGAACUAUGAGAUCUUAAUUAGAACCUUUGCCCGCCCCCUCCUUUAAGGAGAAUGAGAUAAAGGAUGACAAAAAGCUUAUGGUGUCAGGGAUUUAUUUAAAACAAGAAACUCCAAUUCACUCCAGUUUGCUGCCUCUUAACAAGACUGCACAGAAAUUAUGUAUAUUCUGAGAGAGAUGCCCCAAGGCAUCAUACGAUCCUAAAUCAUCAAAACAACAUUGAAUUAUGUUUGGCAUGUUAUACUUACUAAGCCAAGAAAGUAAAGUGGUUCAAUUUAGAAAGGAUUUCCAAACUAAUGAUUGAAAUAAAGAGUUUUCUUGUAAAUGGUCAAUUAAACAGGAAGUUGGAACGUCCUGGUUAAUUGUGAUUCUGCUGUGUGUUGGUAUUUUGUAGCUCUCUUUGGUUCAGGAGCUACCUCCUUUCUAUGGAAUUGAUAAGUUAUAUAAGUUUGGUAUUUGGAUCUUUCAGCAAGGACACUUGAAAACUCCACACCAGCUCUUUUUAAAGGCUAAAUUUGUUUUUGUUUUUCACUAAUAUUUUGGAUAAGAGGAUGUUUAUAUCUUAAUGUAAAAAAAAUUGAAACAGGUAUAAAUAAUGUUUUAUGUCUAUAAA